AUGAAGCGGGUGUCACCUUACAGUCCGAUACUUGACGAUGUUCCAAUCAAGCUUGAGACCGUCGAAGUGAAAGGAACGCUGUUCAACGACUACACUCCAUCUCGCGUUUGGCGUCAGCCGCCCAGCGAAGAGGUCGACAAGGCAUGGGACGACAUGGCGCGCAUCGAGUAUUUUGGUGUAAGCGGAGAUGCACUCAGUAAGAUGGGCAAAGAUCCAAAGAUUUCUGUGUCUAUCCCCGAGGACUGGGGCGUGGGCCCCGACAAGUAUCUCGUCGAAAUUGACAUGCAACAUCAGCUGCAUUGUCUCAACGCUGUACGCAAAUAUGCGUACUGGGACUAUUACUACGGUAACUCCUACAAGAACAUCUCAAUGGCACCCAAAAGACACCAGGCCCACUUGGCACACUGCGUCGACAUUAUCUUGCAGGCCCUGACAUGCAACCCAAGCCUAGAUCUGAUAACUCACAACUGGAUGAAGACGCAAGAAAACCCAUACCCUGAUUUCAAUAUAAAAAGGCAAUGUGUUUCUCACGAUCCGAUUUUGGAAUGGCAGCACAAGAACGGCAUAUCUGAGCAAAUUCUGAAGUUCAAGAAUCUUCCCAGACCUGCGGACUUUCCCGAGGUUGAGCCAGAACCGUCGCUUCUACUGAUUGGGAAGGAUGCAGGGCAUCAUGAAUAG